AUGAUAAAGGUGUCUAUAGACUCACUAAUGAGAUAAGGUAGGGCGGGUCGAGUACAGAUAGUUUGCAUCGUGUACGUGUGUUAGAUAUAAUAAAAGCUGGGUCGCAUGGCCGCUUACAUACCUAAAUUAUUUUCCUUCGACGAAGAACAGGGCCAAUUAAACAAUACAACAGCAAAUUUCUCCCGUCAACGACUCAGGAGGUCUACCAAUCGAAUCUUUCCACGUCUCCUCGUGAUCGUCGUCGUCGUCGCCAUCAUCAUCCGCAUAUCGCUUCACUUCGUCAACGGUCAUCGAGGAGUCAUCAAGUCGGUCGCCGUCUAGCCCGAUCAGAGAAACGCGCCACGACGCAUCGUCUCAUGCCUCGGCGGUGGUAAAAACGAAUGACCCACAGCUCCGCCUCUUCUCUUUGGCGCCGCCAUCGUCCACAGCCUCGUAUGCGAACCGCG